CUGCGUCAUUACGUAGGGACGUUUAGCAACGGUCAGUUGCUAAAAGAAAGCCAGCCGCUUCCGUGUUGUUCUGGUGUUAUUCUGGUUGAAAACAGUCGUUAGCGCGGUCAGAGCUGACCUGACAGCCUCUCUGCGGGGUUAUUAUCAUGGUUCUGUGAAGCUUGGAGACAUUUUCACCUCAUUUUUUCCGAAAUGUCGCUGCUGCAGAGCUCCAAGAAGAAAGACAAGCGCAUUCUGUGCGGGACCUGCCCGGACCCGAAAUGCCAGGCGCGGCUCUUCUUCCCCGCUCACGGCUCCAUCAGCAUCGAGUGCACGGAGUGCGGCCAGCGGCACGAGCAGAGCGGCCUGCUGAACGUGGAGGAGGUCACCGACCCGGACGUGGUGCUCCACAACCUGCUCAGAAACGCCCUGCUCGGCGUCACCGGGGCCCCGAAGAAGGGGACCGAGCUGGUGAAGGUGAUGGGGCUGUCCAACUACCACUGCAAGCUGCUGUCCCCGGUGCUGACCCGCUACGGCAUGGACAAGCAGACCGGUAAAGCCAAACUGCUGAAAGACAUGAACCAGGGGGAGAUCUUUGACUGCUCCCUGCUGGGGGACCGUGCCUUCCUCAUAGAGCCGGACCAUGUCACCACCAUGGGGUACGGCAAAGACCGCUCCGGGAGCCUGAUCUACCUCCACGACACCCUGGAGGAGAUAAAGAAGGCCAAUGGCAACAGAGAGUGUCUCAUCCCGGUGCACGUGGACGGAGAUGGACACUGCCUGGUCCACGCUGUGUCCAGAGCCCUGGUGGGCAGGGAACUGUUCUGGCACGCACUGAGAGAAAACCUGAAGCAGAACUUCAAGCAGAACCUGGAUUGCUACAAAAACCUGUUCCAGGACUUUAUUGACGCCGCAGAGUGGGAGGACAUCAUCAAUGAGUGCGACCCCCUGUUCAUCCCCCCCGAAGGCGUCCCAUUGGGACUGCGUAACAUCCACAUAUUCGGGCUGGCCAACGUCCUCCACCGGCCCAUCGUCCUGCUGGACUCCAUGAGCGGGAUGAGGAGCUCUGGCGACUACUCUGCCACCUUUCUGCCCGGACUUGUCCCAGAGGAGCAGUGCAAGGGGAAGGACGGGAAGCCGAACAAACCCAUCUGCAUCGCCUGGAGCAGCUCCGGCAGGAACCACUACGUUCCUUUGGUGGGCGUCAAGAACACGGUUCUCCCCAAGCUGCCGCCCCGCCUGCUGCCGAAGGCCUGGGGCGUCCCGCAGGAGCUCAUCAGGAAGUACAUCAAGCUGGAGCCGGACGGGAGCUGCGUGAUCGGAGGUGACCGCAGCCUGCAGGAUAAGUAUCUGAUGCGGCUGGUGAACGCCAUGGAGGAGGUGUUCAUGGAGAAGCACAGCAUCCACCCGUCGCUGGUGGCCGACGUUCACCAGUACGUCUACCGGCGGACCGGCGUGAUCGGCGUCCAACCGGAGGAGGUGACGGAGGCUGCCAAGAAGUCCGUGAUGGAGAACCGUCUGCACCGCUGCCUGAUCUGCGGCGCCCUCUCUGAGCUACACAUCCCGUCCGAGUGGCUGGUACCGGGCGGGAAGCUCUACAACCUGGCCAAGUCCACGCACGGACAGCUGCGGCCCGACAAGAACUACAGCUUCCCCCUCAACAACGUGGUGUGCUCCUACGACCCCCACAGGGACUUCCUGGUCCCGGACUACAAACUGAGCUCCCUGAACACCUGCACCUGGUGCCACGGGACGUCGGUGCGGCACAUCCGCGGGAAUGGGUCGGUGGUGUACCUGGACGGGGACAGAACCAACAGCCGGUCACAGGGGGGGAAGUGUGGCUGCGGCUUCAAGCACUACUGGGACGGGAAGGAGUACGACAACUUGCCCGAAGCCUUCCCCAUCACCCUGGAGUGGGGGGGCAGGGUGGUCCGGGAGACCGUGUACUGGUUCCAGUACGAGACGGACCCGACGCUGAACAGCAACGUGUACGACGUGGCCAUGAAGCUGGUCACCAAGCAUUUCCCUGGAGAGUUUGGCAGUGAGAUCCUGGUGCAGAAGGUGGUGAACACCAUCCUGCACCACACGGCCAAGAAGAACCCGGAUGAGUACAACCCGGUGUCCAUCGACGGGGCCCACGCCCAUCGCCUCGGCGACGGGACGGAGGUGCCGCCGCCGCCGCCGGACCCCCAGCUGCCCACUAAGAUCAUUCUGACGGGUCAGAAAGCCAAGACACUCCACAAGGAGGAGCUGACGAUGAGCCGGGCGGAGCGCAGCCUCCAGCAGAGCAUCAGCGAGCAGGCCUUCGUCUCCCAGAAGAGACGCUCCGACAAGCUGAAGCACGACCCCAAAGGUCAGGGCCGGACCUCGUCCCCCAGCGGCUCCCCGGAAACCUCCUCCUCCUCAGCUCCCGCCACCCCCACCAAGACCUCCUCCCCCUCUUCCUCCUCCAACAAGGAGAAGAAGAUCCGGGUGACGACCAGCGACGGGCGGCAGGCCAUGCUCACCCUGCCGGCCCUCACCACCUUCGCGGAGCUGCGCCGGAGCAUCGCCAAGCAGUUCGAUGUGCCGCCGCCGCAGCAGUGCAUCCGCUACGGCUUCCCCCCCAAAGAGCUGCUGCCGCCCCGGGACGGCGAGGAGAACGAGCCGGUGGCCCUGCAGCACGGCGACAGGGUGACGGUGGAGAUCCUGAGGGGCCCCGAGGACAGGGGCCCCGGGGCCCCCAUCACCAGGGCAACCAGCUCGCACUCCGCCCUGCACUCGGCGAAGAGCGAAGACGCGGUGACGGGCGGCCGGACGAGCAGCCGGGAGAUCCAGGAGAGCAUCGACCUGGAGAUGUCCUCCCUCUGUCUCCUAGCAACCCUGAUGGGCGAGGACGUUUGGUCGUACGCCAAGAAGCUGCCGCACUUGUUCCAGCAGGGCGGCGUCUUCUACAACAUCGUCAAGAAAGACAUGGGCCUCAUGGACGGGAAGCAUUGCACGCUGCCUCACCUGACGGGGAAAACCUUCGUCUACAACGCGGCGGAGGAGCGGCUGGAACUCUGCGUGGACGCCGCGGGUCACUUCCCGGUCGGACCGGACGUGGAGGAGCUGGUGAGGGAGGCGGUGCUGCAGCUGCGCUCUGAGGCGGCCACUAGGGGCAGCAGAGAGGGCAGCCCGUCCCACGGCGUCCUGCGGCUGGGCAGCGGCGGCGUCGUCCGCAAGAAGGAGCAGCUGCAGAGCGUCACCGCCUUCCAGGGCAAAGGUCACUCCCUAGGGAGCGCCGGAGGCUCCUCCCCUCCGGAGCACCGGCCAAUCACGCGGCAGCACAGCAGCGGCGUGGACCUGAGCGCCAGCGUGUCCAAAGGAGGGCCGGACCUGUCGGACAUUCCCGAGGACGCCACCAGAGAGCUGGUCCGCAUGGCGCCCGGCUUCGUGGCCAGCAGGGACGGCCGCGCUCCCGACCCGGGUCUGAUGGAGCAGCAGCGCCGCAAGCUGCAGGAGAUGGUGUCCUCCAUCCAGGCCUCCAUGGAGCGCCACCUGAAGGAGCAGCAGGGUGCUGCAGGUGCUGCGGGCGGGGCCAGCCAGGAGCGAACUGCUGGGACCAAACCCGGCACCGCGGCCGCCACGGGGGGCAAACCGGAGGAGCCAGAGGAGAUGGAGAGCCAGGACGCUGGGCAGGGCAACGCCAGCGAACCCAUGGACCACUCCUGAUGGCGCCGCCGCCGCCGCGCUGCCUCCGCCCCCUGACCGCCGCCUGCUGCCCCGCCGCAGGCCGGACCCCAAAGCUUAGGUCUUCAUUACGUCGCGUCGUCUUUACUGCAUGACUGAGGAGCGAACUGACCGCACUGCUGCUGCCGCGGCAACCGUCACUGAGCUGAGACACGGAGACGGUCCGUCUGCGGCGCAUCGUCUCUCCGCCACUGUCUGUGUCUUUACUCCCUAACUCUCUCACCUCAGAGGCAGGAAGUAAAUCCAGAGCAAACGGAUUUAUUUCCUUCUUCAGGAGAACUUUCCCUCCAGCUGAUGACUCUUCGUCAGCGACGGCUCCCAGUGUUCCCAGUUGCCUGGAAGCUGACCGGAUUGUAUCUCCAGCCUUCUGAAUCCCUCCUGCAGACGCCGAUUCUUCCUGCUUCAAACCUGCACUGAAGAACCCGGUCAGAUUAAAGAGCGGGACACUUCCUGUCUGUACAGGAAGUGCUUAUUGGCCACAGAGGAGACGCCCCGCAUUAUCGCGUCCAUUGUUCAACUCUGCUGCCUUCAUCACCAACACCUGCUUUGCUCCCACCGCCUGUCUGACGAAUGCUGGACUCCUGAAGCCGUCGAGCUGCGCCACCUGCAGGCAGGGAGGAGCUCCUGCAGAGGUUCACAGGGUUCAACCCAACAUGAGCUUCAGGUCUCUGCUAGAGACGCAGGCGAGUGACGAAUUAAAGGAAAACACCGACUGAAGGAAACGUUUCUCCUGAAUGAAUUUAGUCCAGCUGUGAUUUUCUCAGCAGUUCUCAUGUAGGAAUCUGUUCCCAGCCAGUCAGAGUUGGAAAAUCAGUUGGAUUUGCUUUUGGUUGUGGUGCUAUUCUGAGUGAGUCACUUUAAGUAAACACUAAAGGAAUGAGUUCACAGGUAGAUAUUGUACAGCAGUGUGUGCCACUUGCUUAAUAAAACAUUAAGUAUUAAUAAUAAUAGUUUCUACUUACAACUUUAGUUGUUUUUUAUGCACAGAAGCCAUAUUGGAUUGUGAACCUCUGAUUUUUCCAGGUGAGAUUCUGUAUUUUAUUGACGUUCUUCCUGGUUUUUCUCACUGAAACUUGCAAAGUCAAACCUUCAGGCCAACCGGAGGAGUACGCCAACACGAACUGGUGUUUUCUUGUUUGUUCUGUUGAGUUUUGAUCUCAGUUUUGAAGUAAAUAUUUCUAAAACUUGGCUGACAGAGUUCUGAUCAGUAAACUGAUGAACGUUUAUUGUAGGUUGACAGAUUUGGGCUUUGAUGCAGGAACAGAACAGAUCAGCUUCAUGCGUCUCUCCUUUAAGGAGGGAAAAGUUGCCCAUCAGAACCCCACCUGUAACCUCCACCAACCCAACAAACAUUUACACCCAUAUUGAGCAUUGAAUGGUGUUCAUCCACACUAACCGCAUGACGUCCUCCAUGCAGGUCUAAACUCAGAUCAACCUCAACAUCCUCCCACUUCCUGCUAGUUUGACUUUCUAAAGGCUUCAUCAUUCUGGAGGGUUCAGCAGUUUGUAAUUCCUUUAAUUCAUCACUCGUCUGUUGAAUGUAAAAAUGCCAAAGAGAGAAACGUUUUCUGAUCGGCAUUUUAGAGAAGUUUAAUUUGAGGAUUCAGAUUGAAGCGGGUUGACGGAGCGACCCGGAGGUCAGCUUCUGCAGCAACUUUUACAGAUAAAUAUGUUUGUUUUUCUUCAGCUCAAAAUCUCCAUAAAACUAAUUUUAACCUUUUUGUCUCCAUAAAGUCGAUUUUAAGAGCAGUUUGAAGCCGAAGCUCCUGUUGCCAAAAUCAGAAGUCAGAAAAAACAACGUGAAGGAAACAAGAGCAGUGAAGGUAGAGCUCCCCCUUGUGGAGAGAAAAUCUCAGUGCAAUUCUUCUUUUUUGAAGAUAUUUAAGUAAAUAUGUCAAAUAAAUCAAGUUUAGAUUUAAAAAAAAGUCUGGCGAUUCAAAGACAACAAGAAAGAACAAAUUUCCUAAAAAGAUGUGAUUUAUUUCUCUUAUGGAUGUUUUUUUAUUUUUUGAAUUGUUUUGAGUUUGAAGCUUCUUGUCAAACUUUUUUAAAAUUAUUUCCGGGCUCUUAAAGCUGCAGUCGCCUGAACAGAACUUCCCUCCAUCCGGACCGACUUUCACCUGAACUUCUGUUUAAACAGCAGCCAAAGAAAAACCAGGUUGAAGUUGCUCCUUACAUUUGUGUUUCUGUCGUUUGCCAACAUUUAAUCAAAUUACAAAAAAAUAAAUAAAAAAAUUGGGAAGCUCAGAAGUUGUGUUGGGUUACAGGAAACGUUUAAUCUGUUUUAUUUUUUAUUUUUGGAGAGUUUUUCUGACGUUUGACAGAUUUUGUAGCGUCAAACGGGAACCGAUCAGAACAAACCGUUUCCCCUCCAGAACCUGGCUCAGGUUUUCAGGACGGCGCCACCUGCUGGACCUGAACACUGCUCCAGCACCAGAACACCAAAGGUCCAAAUGAUGGGUUCCGGAAGAACUCCUGGAUUAUGUCACAUCUCAGGUUCUGGUUGGGCUCCAGGUUCCUACAGAAACACUUUUCUGCUGCGACUUUUCUCAUAAAAACUCAUGAAAAGCUUCAAGUUCAGUUUAAAUCUUUUGUUUCUGCAGCUGAAGUUUGAAACGAUCAACAUGAAGUUUCCUGUUUUUUUAUGUUUCCUCUUUUCUCACUCUGGUUUUAUUGCUCAGAUAAACUAUAAAGCUUUUUAUUUUCUUGAACUCAUCUCACACAGUAACCCUGAGUUUGUUUUACUCUCCUGCAGUCGAAGCUUUCUGAUGCUCAUGCGUUUUGAUGAGGAGGUUGUUGCCGUGACGACAGCCGGAAGCGGCUGGACUCCUGUGACUAAAACCUGUUUAGUUUUUAUUUAAUUUGACGAAAGCUCAAUCAUUUGACACUUAGUUAGUCUUUUAAAGAUAAACAUUUUGGAAGAUGUGAGUUUGUUCUGCAAGGGAAGUUGAUGUUUGACGCCAGUGAUCAGGUUUCUCUCCAUCUGCUGACUAGAAACUGGUUCUGUUCUGGUUUUGUUUUGGUUCUGUUCUGGUUUUGUUUUGGUUCUGUUCUGGUUCUUUCCUCAGAAAUCAUCAGUUUUAAAGUGUUAUUGUUUAAUUUUUUAGUUUUCCUGCCUCUCGGCUCAGUUUUCUGCUCCUGGUUGAAGUGAAGGAAAACUCGGCACUUUGAAGUUGUUGAACCCGAGCAGGAAGGACGCUUCGGAUCAGAACCUCCUGCUGUCACCGACCCGCGGCUCCUCCAUAUUCCUGCUGUAUUAUAGUACAUAUUGUAGAAUAUUUGGACCUGUACAGAAACCGCUCCGUUUCUCCUUCGGUUGGUUCUUUUGGAUCUUCUGUCUGGUUGCUAAUAAAACGCUGACGACACUCUGCUUCCAUGUCGCUGCUUGCAUGAAAACUUCUCAGCUCCACCAAUAAAAUCACUUCCUCCAUU